UAGAGAUUGUACCCUGUACUCUCCUUUCUAUGGAAUUUUUUGAUCGAUUGAAAGAGAAUGGAGUUAUCUAUGAGAGUGGAAGAUUAUACAAAUGUUUUGAUGAGUAUUAUGAAAAUUUUGCUAUAUCUGAUGAACUUAGGAAGAUGCUUCUACUAGAAGAAAGUGAUAAUUACAACCUAUAUUCACCCAGUGAAAAAGAAGAAUUUUUAUUUUGCUUACUGAAGCACUUAUGUUUGGGUGGAAAAGUUUGCCAGUUUGAAGAUGAUUUUGGACCUUAUGAAGAUAUGGUAAAGAAAUUAUAUAAAGAAUUAGUGUGUGCUCAAAAAGUUCCAGAUUCUCAACAACCUAGAAUUGUUUCUUCUGUCUAUAAGGUUACAGCAUACCUCUCACUCUCACAUUAA